AUGUCAUCCGUGGCCUCGAACUCUUCCGAUUUCGAAGAAGAAGCAAAAAAAGCUCGCGAAUGUUAUAUGUAUGGUGAUUAUAGUAAAGGUAUCACGUUUUAUAAAUUAGCAAUCGAUAAACUUCGACGCUAUUGUCAAACACUAUCAAAUCCCAUUGAAAAAAAACGUGGCACUGAAUGUUUGACAGAAUUAGAACGUGAACUUCAGUCAACUAUUGAACAUGAACGUACGAUCAAUGAAAUUCAUGAUAAUCUAUUGGGAAAGUAUAUGAAUAGCGGUGGUGCUGGUGGUCGAGGAAUGGGCGGUGAUGCAUUUAAUGAUUUCGGUGAUGGAGAUCGAUUUUUUAAUGCGGUGAUGGACGAACGUCCAACGCGGGAUUUUGGUUUUAACAAUAAUCGCAAUGGUCCCUUUGGUGCCACGCCAUUUCAAACGCCGGCCGCACGUUUCCAAGAAGUUCGCCGCGAUGUCAAGUCAUCAAAUAAUAACGCGAAAGCAAGAAAGGCACCAUCAAAUGGCCCUGAUAAUAAACAAAAACAACACGACAAUAAACGGGUCAAUAAUCAACCAACUAAUGGAGAGAAGAAAUAUCAACCGAUUGGCUCGGAGAAAGAUCUAGUUGAAGGUUUAGAACGUGACAUUGUUCAAAAAGACCCUAACGUUCGAUGGUCAGAUGUAGCUGGUUGCAUUGCUGCGAAGAAAUUAUUACAAGAAGCAGUGGUAUUACCGCUUUAUAUGCCGGAUUUUUUCAAAGGUAUUCGUCGUCCAUGGAAGGGCAUUCUAUUAUUCGGUCCACCUGGCACGGGAAAAACAAUGUUAGCUAAAGCAGUCGCAACUGAGUGUAAAACGACGUUCUUCAACGUUGCUGCAGCGAAUUUGACAUCGAAAUAUCAUGGCGAGGGAGAAAAAUUAGUACGACUAUUGUUUGAAUUGGCUAAAUUCUAUGCACCGUCAACUGUCUUCAUUGAUGAAAUCGAUUCACUCUGUUCAUCACGUGGCCAAACCAACGAACAUGAAGCAAGCCGACGUGCUAAAUCCGAAUUGCUCAUUCAGAUGGAUGGUGUAUCCGGUGCACUUGGAAGUGAUGAUCCUUCGAAGAUGGUUAUGGUUCUCGGAGCAACUAAUCAUCCGUGGGAUCUCGACGAUGCUAUGCGUCGUCGAUUAGAAAAACGUAUCUAUAUACCAUUGCCCGAUAUUGAUACACGAAAGCAAUUACUUGAAAUCAAUUUGAAAGAAGUUCCAUUGGAUGGUGAUGUCGACUUACAACUAAUUGCCGAAAAAUUGGAAGGAUACUCAGGCUCGGAUAUUACAAGCGUUUGUCGAGAUGCAGCUAUGAUGCAAAUGCGGCGUGUAACAGAAAAUUUAAGUAUGACCGAAAUACAAAAUAUUGCACAGAAUCUAAAAGAACAACUACAAUUGCCAACUAAAAUGGAAGAUUUCACCAAUGCAAUAUCGAAAAUCUCGUCAUCGGUUUCGAAAGAAAUGCUUGAAAAGUAUGAUAAAUGGAUGAAAGACUUCGGUUCAGUUUAA